AUGGGUGGACGCUUUAUGGCCCCGCGUCCGGCCCUGAUGGAUCACGUGACGGUCACGUGGCCUGGCGUCCCUGAGCCCGUGUCGGGCGUGGCGACGAAGCGGCCCGCUUCGCCGGAGGUCGACGGGCUGGCGAAGCGGGCCCGCCUGGUGGCGCCGCCGCCGCAGGAGAGUGCGCUCUUCUACUGGCGCUGCUUCGCUGAGGAGCGCAGUCGCGCCUACAACCACACGUUCGGCAGCGGGCUGGCGGGGCCCGACUUCAGCGACAUCCGGCGGCAGGCCGGCGGCGAGCCGCGUCGCGAGCCCGCCAAACAGCGCCGCGACAGGUCAAGGCAGAACAGCGGCAAGGUGCGGAAGAAGCGGACUGCUAUCCAGGCUAUGGUGCGCCCACUGAAGCAGUGGCUGGUCCGUCACAGGCACAACCCCUACCCCAGCAGGGAGGAGAAGCUACAGCUGGGCGAGACCUCCGGCAUGAACCUGGGCCAGGUGUCCACGUGGUUCGCCAACGCGCGGCGUCGCCUCAAGCAGGUGGUGAGCGGCGAGCUGCUGCCCUGGCAGGAGCGGGUCCGCCUCUACAACUCCUGCGUCAAGGGCAACGCCGAGCUCCUCUCGCUGUCCUCCGAGGACUCGGUCUGGAACGACCAAGCCGGCAAAGAUGACCUAGGCGGGACCGACACCGGGGCAGCAGACAGCCAGGAGUGCCCCGCCGCCGACGCGGCCCUCGAGCUGACCGCCACCGUCGCCGGCGACGCGACGCCCAGCUCCGGCUCGCCCAAGUACAAGAAGAAGAUGCUGCUACGCUACCUCAGCGACACGGAGCGCUACGCCGCAGCCGCCGACGUGGCGCUACAGCCGCCGCCGACUGUCUGGGAGUGCUGGUCGGCGCCUGCCGACGGCCGGCCCGCCGCUUACCUGCCGCUGAUGUGA